CCCUUCAGAUCCCUUUUCUUCUUCUUUUAACAAAAAAAAUAAAAAUGAGAGAUUUUGCUUCUUGUUUCAAUGAAUAUGCUGUACAAGUUUCUGAUAAUACUUCUUGUUCUAGUUACUCAAACUCUGCUUGUAUCCCUCCUUCUAUAAUUCCUUCAGUACAAAACACUGUCAAUUGUUUGUACAAAGUCAAUUUAUCCAAUAAAAAACAUGUCUUGAUCACAAUUUCAUGGUGCAAAACAAAUGUAACACAAGGCCUAAGUGUACACUUUGGUGAUGAUCAUCCAAAUGUAUUCAAACUCAACACGAAUACGCGUCUUUUUAGGAAGAAAAAGGGGAGUAAAUCAAUGGAUUUGGAUAAUUUUAAGGUUGAAAUUAUUUGGGAUUUGUGUGGAGCUAGGUACUUAAGUAGUGGUCCUGAACCAAUUGAUGGAUAUUAUGUAUUAGUCAUAGUUGAUUCACAACUUGGACUAAUUCUUGGUGAUAUGGCUGAAGAAGCAUCAUUAAGGAAGUUGAAAAAUGGAAUUCCAAUGGCUAAAUUUUCAUUGGUUUCAAGACAAGAACAUUUUUCUGGAAAUACAAUUUAUUCAACCAAGGCUCAAUUUUGUGAUAAUGGUAACAUUCAUGAUGUUUUAAUUCGUUGCAACGGCGAAAAUGAUGGACUAAAGCAUCCUGUUUUGACAGUUUAUAUUGAUAAGAAGAUGGUGAUUAGAGUUAAAAGAUUGCAAUGGAACUUCAGGGGAAAUCAGAGUAUUUUUUUGGAUGGAUUGCUUGUUGAUCUAAUGUGGAAUGUUCAUGAUUGGUUCUUUAAUCCAGCUUCUGGUAUUGCACUAUUUAUGUUUAGGACAAGAAGUGGUAUGGAUAGUAGAUUGUGGCUAGAUGAUAAAGACAAAUUCCUCAUCAAAGAUCAAGAAAAAGUUGAAUUCUCAUUGUUGAUCUAUGCUUCUAAGAGCACACAAUGAAAAGGUUCUUGUUUUUUCUUUAUUUAAAUCUUUAAAAAAAAAAUCAUCUUUGAUAGAUUUGAAAUUGUAUAUUGAACU